UCGACAAAAAAACGUUCUCAGAAUAGCUGAACGAGAAGUGCAAACGAUUUCUCAUGAUGCUGCAUGUUGUACUAUAUCUGCUAAUGUGGAGAAGGUGGAGAAAAAUGUUAUCAUGUGGACAAAAACUGUUAUAAAUGAUGAUAGUGAUAACUCUCAAAAUCCCUUUGUUAUUUCGGAGGCCAUGAUAUAUCCUGACGCUUCUACAAAUUCAUCACUUACAAAAUCGAAAACUAAAACAUCACUUGAUUAUGGCAUCAUUGAUCUCAAUGACAGUAUUAUUUUGAAAGCAUUGGGAAACUCAGUAACAUCAUAUUUUGAAGUAAAAAUGAAAGAUUAUAAACCUAAGAAAGCAAUUUCUGAAGAGGCUGCGAAAGCCUUGAAAAAAUUUAAUGUUACAUCCAUAAAAGAUCUCAGAAAGGCACUCGCCGAAGUCAAAGUUGAUUAUAACAAUUUAGAUCAUGAUAUUGUCUAUCUGCAUCGUCUCUUUCAAAAAUU